AUGGAGAUAUGGCAGCACCGGUCGGGACCGGUAUUGUUUUUGGCUCAGUUAAUGUUGGGAGUGGGAUUUACGAUAGGUCCAUUAAUCGAUAAGCCAUACCUGACCGGUGAUCUGACCAGCGGCGCCACUGAUGAUAAUCAUGAUAAAAAUAAUGCCUUAAUAGAUGUCAAUGAAAGGCGUAAUCUAUCUAGUCCAUUACUAUUACUAAUCAUGUAUUUCGUGAAACCCUACGUAAAACCCGAACCGGAAGUUACGAACGAAAAUAAUGUAGAAAUCAAACACAUUUCACACGAGAAUAACCGCAUCUAUAAGAAAAGUCUAAUUAAAAAAGGCAUCCUGAUCAUUUUGAUGACUGUUUGCAUCUCGACGCUAAACACAUUAGAGUUAAUAUACUUUGUGUUCGGCGCCACCUAUUUCCAGUACAUACCCAUACGACUGACCGCACCUACCGCUGCCGCGUUAAUAUUUGCUAACUAUUCCGAGACCGCCCUAUGGGCUACCAGUGCUGUGAUCGGGUUGGGUGUGUCGGCCCUAUUUCCCGGGCAUAUGACAUAUUUUGAGCGGCAUUUGAAAAUAACGGAUAAAAUAUCGUCGUUUUUAUGGUGUACGUGCUCUAUAGUCAACUUCAUACCGAUCCCCAUAUUUGGGUACUAUAUCGAGAGUUUUGCUAAUCCAAGCAAAGACUUAAACAAUUGUAAGCCGGCCUCUGGCUUAUCCUCGGGCACCAUAUGUCCGGCCCCUCUGACCACAACAAAACUCAACCCCUUUUCGUAUUCCUGUAUAAAACCGCCGAUAACUCCGUCCGACUUUCCGUCGACAGUCCAAUGCCUAUAA